CAGGGAAAGGCGGCAGGUCUAAAGAACAAACCGGACAAAUCCGGCAAGACAUGCAGUCCUGCAGCGUCCAUCACUGUGUCCUGUUUUUACUCACACUCACACUCACCACUGCUGUUCCAGCUGUAAAGGUGAAAGUUAACGACACUGCUGCUCUUCCCUGCAAACGGAGAUGUUCCGGUUCAGUCAAAUGGACCGUGUUCAAAAACCGAGACAUUGCUCUGGCUCAGUGUGAUCAGAAAUCGUGCCGCUCAGUGGAGGGAUAUGGAAUGUCUUAUGAUCAGUACCUAAAGGGAAACUUCUCCCUCAGCAUUACUACAGCUGAUUACAGUAAGAGGGGCUUAUACACAUGUGAUUGUGAUUCCAGAGACAUCUGUGAUGUCCAUCUCAGCAUUGAGACCAUGGUUUCAUUGCUUCAUGAAAAGCCAGGUGAAGCCCUGGUGAUGCAUCUGGCCAUAUCGGAGCAGGUGGAGGUGAUUUUUAACCCCAUAGAAACAACUGGUCGGUACAGUGGACAGAUCUGUACAGUGGAUGGAGACACACUGCAGUGUAAAGCCGAAUACACACGCAGAGCAUCACUGCGUCACUCAACUCUAACACUGGUAGAUGCAAACCUCUCUGACAGUGGAGUUUACAUCAUCCGUGACAUGAAGAAUAAUGAGGCCAUUCAUAUGUACACCAUCACUGUGGAAGAGGACAAUAAAUGUCCACAAAGACAGGAGUAUAUGACAGUGUGGAUGAAGACUGUUGCGGUACUUGUGGUACUCGUGCUUUUGCUUCUGGGAGCAGUUCUGUAUCAAUGGAGAGGAAAGAAACAACAUCAGAGGAAACACAAAGAUAAAGCUGAAAAGGGGGUGACGUGGCUUUGGAGCAGCCAGGGAGCAGAGCAGGAGCUUAUACACGGCAGGAGCGGGUCUGACCGUUUGCACAGCACUGAGAACCCAUGUAAGAGAUCGUUCAGCGACACAUCACUGGAACAAUUAAGGAGGAAGUUUGAACAGGAAAAUCUUAAACACAGACACGCAGGGGGGACAGGAAGAGGACAUCACGCAAACACCAGCACUGAGGGGACGCAGGAGUCAACACACAUGCCACUGCUAUCUGAAGAGGAAUGACAUCUCUUAUUCAUACUACAUAUUCAGUUUACACACACACACACACACA